AUGUCCCACAUAUUACGAACUCAACAAAAAUACCAAACAAUGUCAAUUGAAAGUUGCGACCGAAUCAACGCCGAAUGUAAUCCCAAUAUUGUGCCCAAUGAGGACAUUAAGAAGAAUAAGCUAAACGAAUUUUGUCGGUGCAAACAUGGCAAAUACUUGGCUGUAUCGUGUAAAACCAUUAGUAAAGAUGACCCCGAUUGUUUUAUACCCGUAACUGGAAAAGAUCCCACUCCAGCACCACCAGCUGCCUUGGCAGUGGACCCACUAUCUGAAAAGUUUUUGGUUAAAGCCGAUUCCCUAAAGACUACAGUAUGGAAAGUUCAAGAGAGUUGUGAUCCUAAAAACAACCUUUGUCCACAAUACUCUAACUGCAAAAAAGUAGCUGAUACAUCGCUAUACGAAUGUAAUUGCGCAACCAAUUUCAAUGAGGUGGGCAAAGUACCAUUGGAAAUCUAUGGCUCAACUGAUGACCCUAAGUAUUUCAUCUCAUCCUGUCAAGUUGAUGAUUUGUGCCAAAAAUACAAAUGCACAUUUGACGGAAAAGGUAGGUGCCUUCAGAACACCACGUUCUCGGAAAAAGAUGGAUGGCUAUCGACAGCCGGUUGUGAAUGUGGCCACGGAAGGUCAUUUGAUAGUAAAGCCAAUCUAUGUGCCGAUAACUGUGCUAGCUACGAUUGUCACAAUAAUGGUAAGAGUAAAAUGUUGGAGAGCGGACAGUGUGGUUGCGAUUGCGAAGAGAAAUACUACGGCGAGAACUGUAAGGACGAGUACAGCGCGGCAAUGGGCGGUUGGAUCGCCGGUAUUGUCAUUCUAGCCGUGGCCGUAGUCAUCGCCAGCAUAGCCGCCGGGGUGUUCUGGCGCCGCUCCCGUUCCCCUAAUGUGCACAGUGGUCAUGAGCUUGGUGACUUCAACAACACGUCGGCCUACCGGGUCCCGAGUCAGGGUCAGGGUAGGGGUCAGCGUAACGAGGGAUUCAACAGCGGUGUAUAA